AUGAUGAUGACGCAGCCGUUCCCUGCCCACCAAGGCAUGCCCCAACAUGGGUUUCCUCCCGGCCAUCCAAUGGCCGCGCAACAUCCAAAUGGACACCCAGGCCCUGGGAUGGCACAGCAAAUGCAUCCCGGUGUAUCCGCGCCAAGCGGGCCCCAGGUCAGCCAAGCGGGCCCGAUGAUGGGUGGGAUGCCCCCGGGCGCUGGAACCGCUGGCCCUGGUAUGCCAAAUGCUCAUGCUCUCUCCCACCUGAAUCCUGCGCAGGCGCAUAUGCUUCAGGGCCCGCAAUUCCAGCAAAAUUUUGCGAAUAAUCCUCAAUUCUUACAGCAGCAGCAACAUCAGCAGUUAAUGCGACAACGAAUGAUGAUCCAACACCAGCACCAACAGCAACAGCAGCAGCAACAACAGCAACACCAGCAACAACAACAGCAGCAGCACCAUGGCGUCCCCGUUUCGAUGCCUAAUGGCACACAAGGACUCAAUGCUGCUCAAAUGGCCGCAAUGCAAGGAAACCCCGGAAUGCGACCCGUCAACAUGGUGCAUCUUCAGCAGCAAAUGCCACAUGGCCAACCGCAAAGUUUCCAACACCAACAACAAUUCCUCGCGAUGCAGCAGCAACAACAGGCGCAACAGGCCCAGGCCCAGGCCGUCCAAGCCGGCAAUGGACAACCAGGCCAACAUACCCCGCAACGUGCAUCGGCGCAGCCCCCAAACAUACAUGAACAAAGUGCCACCCCGCAGUCACAGCACGGUGGUCCGCCCCAGGGAAGUGGCACUCCUCAGCCAUCCCAACCAUCUCAGCCACCAUCUUCUCAGCCCCCAACUUCACAAGGACCUCCUCAGGGCCAGGCCACCCCAAACCCGCCUCCACAGCAAUUGCCUCAGUCCCAACAGCCCGGCCAACUGGGCCAGCCUGGCCCGCAGCAGCAAACCCCCCAAAGCGCGCAGGGCCAGCCGGGCCAACAGCCAGGGCCUCAAAAUCAGCAUUUGACGCCCCAAGAAAUGCAAAUGAAAGCACAGCAACAUCAGCAGAUGUUAAUGCAGCAAAGGAUGAAACCACAGAACCAGGCACUCAUGGUUUUAGAUGCCUAUUCUGAGCAAUUGUGCAACUUUGUAUCCCGCAGCGAGGCGCAGGAUCUUUUAUAUUGGCAGUCGUUUGUUGACCGUUUCUACUCCCCUGUAGGUGUGUUGCGGCAGGGUGUUUGGUGCACAGCGGCAGGGUCUAAACAAUUCGAGAUCGCGACGCCUGCAUUGGCGCGUUAUUAUCUGACGCAAUUCUCAAGCGGGAUUACAUCCAUCCAGAUGGUGGUGGAAGGCGCCCGCGAGCGGGAAUCUCAGAAUGGAGGGCACUACGUCGAAGCUCCCAAAUGCUCAUUUAUUUACUGGUUCAAGAAUGAGUGCCAGCUCUUCACCACUGGUUCCCUACGCGCGCACUUUGAUGCCAAUCACAAGCUUGAAAUGCUGGAUAUUAGUGUGGUCAACCACAACGAGUAUAUCCCACGAUCUCUCCUGUUGGCCAUGGAGGCAGACUCGCAGAAGCAAAGCCCCAAGGUUCCUAAGAACGCAAAGCGCGCCCAGCAAAAGCCAACACCCUCAGUGUCACUGCCGGACUCCAUCAUCAAUGCCUAUGGUGUGCCCACUGAAGUGAUGUCCUUCCUAGAGGUCGCCGAGACAAUGUCGCAGAUGCAAAUGCUGUUCCAGUUCUCCCACACAAAUCCCCAGCUCUCGCCCCCAAAUGCUUUACGGAAUCUUGUCGGUUCUUUUACAGCCAAUCCAGGCUUCGUACCAGGCCCUGUGAACCCUGGCAUGAACCCGGGCAUGAACCCAGGAAUGACUCCGGGCAUGAAUCCCGGCAUGAACCCAGGAAUGAACCCAGGAAUGAACCCAGGCAUGAAUCCAGCCAUGAACCAUAUGCAUCCCGGUAUGAGCCCUGGCAUGAAUCCAGCCAUGAACCCAGGCAUGCAACCUAUGCAAAACGUGCGGGGACCUAGUAUGGGCGCCCCCUCGCAAUUUGCCUCGCCCGCCAUGGCCCAUCUCGGCCUUCCCGGGCAGCAAGGCUCGCCUCAUCUGUCAGGAUCAGCACAUCCGAGCCCGGCCCAGAGCCAUCUAGCCGGUCCCCCGGGUAUGCAACCCCCCAUGCAGCCGUCUCCAGCUGGCGUCAACAAUAGUCCAAAUGUAGGUGGCAACAAACGUCGCCGGGCGAGCACCGUGAAAAUGGAGUCCGAGGAUGGUGCUGGAGUCGAUGCUAACGGCGCUCCGCAGGGCUCAGCGAAACCCAAGCCUAGCCCUCGGGUGACCAAGCGACAGAAGGGGGCCGCUGCUUGA